CUGGAGCUGUAGUGGAGGAAAAUGGAGGCAGUAGAUCUCCUGGCAUUUGCCUCUAUAGAAAUGAGUAAUACAACGGUCACCCUGGCUUUGCUGGUGGUCUUCGUGGUCCUGCUGUAUUGGUACUCCACGUCUGCAUUCUCCAAACUAAGCAAAGUAGGGAUCCGGCAUCCUCCACCUCUUCCUUUCAUUGGAAACCUGCUCUUUUUCAGUGAGGGUUUUUGGGAAAAUCACACAAAACUCAUAACGGAGUAUGGACCUGUUUGUGGGUAUUACAUUGGUCGCCAAAUGUUUGUGGUGGUCUCCACACCAGAGAUGAUCAAGCAAAUCUUAGUGACAGAUUUCAGUAACUUCACCAACAGAACUAAGCCGAACUUGAUUUCCAAGCCAAUGCUUGACAGCAUCCUUUGUCUUCGUGAUGACAGAUGGAAGUAUGUCCGGAGCCUCCUGACCCCAGCCUUCAGCAGUACUAAACUGAAAGAGAUGACACCGCUAAUAAACCAGGCCUGUGAUGUCCUGCUGUGUAACUUGAAAGUCUAUGCAGACUCUGGCAAAGCUUUUGAUAUCCAGAGGUGUUACAACUGCUUUACCUUGGAUGUCGUUGGUAGCGUAGCUUUUGGUACUGAGGUGGAUUCUCAGAAGAAUCCUGAUGACCCCUUCGUUAGGAAUUGCAGAACAUUCUUUCAAAUGUCUUUGUUUAAGCCUCUCCUAAUUCUAAUCCUUUCUUUCCCAUUCAUUAUGAUCCCAUUGCUUCGGAUUUUGCCGAACAAGAAACAAAAGGAACUGAAUGGAUUUUUUAUCCAAACCAUAAAAAAUGCAAUUGUCUUGAGACAACAGCAAGAUGCAGCUGAGAGGCGCAGAGAUUUUCUCCAGUGGAUGCUCGACUCCCGCGACUCAGCUGACUCCCUGGCAGCCGGCUAUUUGGAUGUGAUGAAUCCAUCUGCUGCUUCCAGCCAGAACGAGGUGCCUCUUGCUGGCAGGGCCCCGUCUGAAAAGGUUCAGAAGACAUUAACAGAGGAUGAGAUAGCAGGCCAAGCUUUCCUCUUCCUGAUCGCUGGGUACGAGACCACCACUAGCACGCUGUCCUUUGCCACGUACUUGCUAGCCACCAACCCAGAGUGCCAGGAGAAGGUACUUCAGGAGGUUGAUGAGUUCUCAGCAAAACACAUGGUCCCUGAUUACCAAAAUGUACAAGAGCUCCCUUAUCUGGACAUGGUGAUUGCAGAGACAUUGCGCAUGUACCCACCUGCAUUCAGGUUCACUCGGGAAACAGCUAAAGACUGCGUGGUGCUGGGGCAGCAUAUUCCAGCUGGGGCUGUCAUUGAAACUGCAGUUGGACAUCUCCACCACAACCCUGAGUUCUGGCCAGAGCCUGAGAAGUUCAUUCCUGAGAGGUUUACAGAGGAGGCCAAGAAGGAACGACAUCCCUUUGCAUACCUGCCCUUUGGGGCAGGACCUCGUGGCUGCAUUGGCAUGAAAAUGGGUUUGCUGGAGAUAAAAAUGACUCUGUUGAGGAUUUUGCAGAAGUUUCAAUUUAAGACCUGCCCAGAGACUGAGAUUCCUUUGCAGCUGAAAUCAAAAGCCACGCUUGGACCAAAAAACGGAAUCUACAUUAUGCUAGAAUCUCGCUAAAAGAAAACGUGCAUCCUGAAGCCUCCUGGGAUGGGACCCCUUGUUCAGUGGCUCACUGGGUAUAAUUAUUUUUCAAAACCCCAAAGCCAGGUAGGAGCCUAAGUCCCACUGAUGGUCAGUACCCUCCUAUGGGAGAGCCUCCAGUCACUUUUUUAAAUGAAACAUGGGCUCCACAGUCUUUUUGGUGGUUUUCAAAUUGCUGUGAAUAGUAUCUGUAAAGAAGCAUCCCACUUUCACUUGCUUUUCUACAUUACACUUCCUUUCACUCGUCUUUGAGAAUGCUUUCUUCGUGUUCAAGUUCAAUAAAUGGAGCAGGUGUUAAGCACACACGUGAUUUACAGUAGAUUUUAAUUACAAUUCAUUAUCUCACACAUCCUUCUCAUGCACUUAUAAGUCCCUACUGUAGAAAAAGCCCAAGAGGCACCACAGUUACAGCAGAAGACCUGGCAUCUAGUGCACUGGAUUUUAUCAUGAACUCUGCUAAAAAUCAAAGCUGAGUCUCCUGCACAAUGCUUAAUCUCUCCCUCUGUCUGUAAAGGGAAGGAGUUGCACCUUCUUCAUGCUUUUGCAGUUAUCUGAAAUACACUUAGAUUAACAAUUUGCACUUUGCACAUUGCAUCAACAUGACUGAAGAGGAAUGAAGCGUUCCCCUGCUUACCAGUUAAGUUCCAGUAGCUAAGACCAAAGAAAUGAGGUGACACCCAUUUUUCUGGUUACUGAACUGCUGUUGGGAAGGUGGAGAAAAAGAAGAUAAAAAUUUAAAGAAGCAGGAGGACUGGAAGAAAUUUAAGGGUAAUCAGAAGGUGUUGGUACAACAUCUGCUUCACUUUGAGGCCUUUCCUUUC